AUGUGUCCAUUAUCAAAACGUCAUCGUGAUCAUCCCGGUAUUAGUGAAAGAUUUGAAUUAUUUAUUGCCGAAAGUGAAAUAAUAAAUGCUUAUACUGAAUUAAAUGAUCCUUUUGAACAACGUGAAAGAUUUAAUGAACAAUUGAAAAUUAAGGAAGAUAAAGGUGAUAAUGAAAUUCAAUUAAUUGAUGAAAUUUUUUGUACCAGUUUGGAAUAUGGGUUACCUCCCACAGCUGGUUUGGGUCUUGGUAUAGAUAGAUUAACAAUGAUCUUGACUAAUAGUAUUUCAAUUAAAGAGGUUUGUAGUUUAUAA